GUCUCAUUAAAUUGGAACUGUUUCCACUUAUAGGGACACGAGCAGUAGUCUGACAUAUGUGUGCUAUAGGUAUACACUUUAGUUAAAUAUCUGAUAUUUGCGGUUAUAAAUUAUACCAUUGAAAAGUGCGGCAAAAACGAACAGAUUAUUCAUCAUGGGGGAUUCAGAUUUUAAUGAAUUAUUGAGAUCAGCUGAACAAUUAUCCGCAACUGUUGAAAGCACGAGUGAACUUCAAGUUGAACGAAAUCUUCGACAAAUUUUAGAAGCUUCCAAUGAGCUCUGGUCUCGUGUAACACAAACUGGUACCCAAGAUACUCAAGUACAGGCACAUCUUUUGUUGGGUUCACGUGGAAUAGAUUUGCCGCAAAUUUCCCAGAAAUUAAAUUCACUCAGCGCAAGACGUACAUUUGAACCCUUAGAUCCUAUUGCGGAUACUGAUAUCGUGAGUUAUUUACGAAAUGAGAAAGAAAAUGCUAUACUUUCAAUUAUUGAACAAGUUCAUAAAGAUACAUUCGAGCUUAAUAGAAUUCAGCAAAUGGAGCAUAUGCUUGGGGAAUGGAAACAAAUGAGAUUCGAAAUAAUAAAUGCAAUGACCGCUCCUUCAGGUGAACUCGUUGAUUUAAGAGGAACUCCUCAGAGGACAAAAUUAGCUGGUUCGAUGGUUACAGGAUUGUCAAAUGUAGAAAUGGCCUAUGUAAGAGAGUUAAAAACUUACAAUGACUAUGUAUUAAGAAGUAUUACCAGACCAAAUUUAUUCAACGCAUUUUCCAAAGCUGCUGAAUCAUUUGAUGAUAAAAAAGUAUUGGACAUGUGGAAUAUGGUCAAGUGCAUGGUAAAUAUUCCACCGACACCCAGAGGAGAUCAAGUUAAGUCUCGUAGUAGUUUAGAAGUCGAGCAAAAAAUAGUCGAUCAAGCUCGCAAAUAUUUGGAAAAUCGUUAUCGUGACUUUAUGAAUUCAUUGGUCAAUGAAAACUUAGCCCAGGCUAAGCGUGGCGGUAUUCCUGGUACUGUACCAUUAGUAAGAAGUUUUGUUGGAAUUAGAGUACAAAAUUUACGUGAUUUGGAAGAUGCUGUAGUAAAUGACAGACCACUUUGGCCUCUUGUUUAUUAUUGUAUGAGAGCGGGAGAUUUGAAAGCUGCUUUACAAUGCCUUAAUCAGUACGGAUUAACAUCACAUGAAUACAGACAAUCACUUGAUGACUCUGUAGAAAAUUCUCGUCGCCCUGGAAGUCGCGGAUUAUCAUUUCAAGAAUUCAAACAAGCGCUGGAAGAAGCCCUUGAAAAUCCCCAACGGCGACCCAGUUCUCGCAGUGAAUCUAUUGUCAAGCUCCACUAUCGCAAGCAUGUAAGAUCUUCUACAGAUCCUUAUAAAAGAGCUGCGUACUGCGCUCUUGUACCCUGCGAUCCUGAUGAUCUGCAUUCCGAAGUAAUGUCAACUGCCGACGAUUAUCUGUGGCUGAAAUUGUGCCAAGUCAGAUCUCAAUCAGACGCUGAAAAUAAACUGACCCUUGAAAAUUUACAGACAACUAUUUUAGAAGAAUAUGGCGAGUCGUAUUAUCACGCUCACGAGCAACCAUUUUUGUACUUCUCAAUGUUGUUUUUAACUGGACAGUUUGAAGCGGCCAUUGAAUUUCUGGCUAGAGGUGCUGAUGCCCGACAUUUACCACACGCUGUUCAUCUCGCCGCAGCAAUGAAUGAAUACAAUUUAUUAGCGCUCAGCCAAAGUGUGCUAGCGCCUUUGAUAACAGUAGAUCCUGCCGACAAACCACCAGCUAAGAGAUUGAAUUUUGCAAGACUUAUCUUACUAUACAUAAAACGUUUCGAAUGUUCUGAUCCAAAGGAAAGUCUUCAUUACUUAUUUUUAUUGAGAUGUAUGAAAGAUCCUCAUGAGCAAAACAUGUUUGCUGCCUCUGCUGCUGAAAUGGUUGUCAAUUCAUUGCCAGAAAACCGUUCGCUGCUGGUUGGUAAAAUUGAAAACGACCGAAGACUUCCUGGAGUUUUAGAUCAGUUUCAAAUUAACGUUGAUAAGGUUAUCAAUAUUUGCGCUGAAACGCUCUACAAAAAAGGGUUAUUGGAAGAAGCUGUGACGAUGUAUGACCUAGCAGGCAAUCAUGAAAAAGUACUUAAUUUGAUGUGUAUGUUAUUAGCACAGGUAGUAAGUCAAAGAAAUGUUCCUGGAUCAUUGAGAUCACGUUUGCAAACGAUCGCUAAUGUCAUUAGUCUGCGUUACCAAGGAAUUGCGAUUCAAGUGUCUGCUGAAUUGGUUGCUGCUUUUUAUACAUUACGAGAUUUGAUGGUAUUUUUCGACCAAUUUCACAAUGAACAGUAUCAAACAGCUCUAAGAACAAUUGCUGAUUCUAAAUUACUGCCUCUCCAUGUUCGCGAAGUGGACGAACGAGUUACUGCUCUGAGAAGAGUAUCACCUGAGGUUUCAGGCGCUUUGUCAGAUGUUCUUUUGGCAACAAUGACAAUUCUGUAUCGACAGUAUCAAAAACUACGUCUCUCUAAAUCUGGUGAUGAGACUGCUAAAGAACAACAGUUUAGAGACUUGAGAGAACAGGCGCAAGCAUUAACUAGUUUUGCUGGCACGUUACCCUACCGAAUGCCCAAUGAAACCAAUAGCAAACUGGUGCAAAUGGAAAUACUUAUGCAUUGAUAAAAAUUUAAUUAACUAUUCACUUUGUAUUAUUUUUUUUAACUAUACAUUUAAAUACAUGCUGAUUUAUCUUGAUAGAUGAGA